UUAUCUAAAUGAAUAUUAGUGGCAAAAUACAAAUAAAUAGUGUCUGCAUAAAUACACAAACUGCAAUACUACAUGAAAAAUCUUGUUAAACUUACCCUCUGGGAAUUUUGUUUUUCAUUUUACUGAAGGUGAUAUCUUGGAAAUAUAAUAAGUACAAAAAGUAAACAUGAAGAACUGGCUGGAUCAGCUGAAGAAUGCCAAAAAACAUAUCUGGGAUGAUAACUCACUAAGGACUGUAUUAUACAAGUUCAAGGAUGGAAAUCAAUUAGAAGAGGAAUACAAUUUAGAGUUGAAUGUUGUGACUCGUAGAGCUUGGAAAAAGACAAAUCAAAUUGGUAAAGAUUGGAUUAUUGAAUUAGGAGAGCCUGAAAAAGAACCAUUCAAUUCCAUUGCAAGUUACAUCAAAGAAAAUGAAUCACAGCCCUAUGUACAUAAGCGGAAUACAAGAAAAAUGAUAGAAUGGAGAAUCAAGAACCUUCCAUAUUCAGAAGAAACAUACUUGAUUACCUGUAAUGAAAAAGAUAAAAGCAUAAAUGUAAAAACAAAAAACAAGAAAUAUUAUAAAAACCUGAGGAUAACCGAACUAGAAAGAUUAGGCCUCCCAUCAAAACAGGACAAUCUAUCCUUUAAGUAUGACAAACAAAUUCUAAUCAUCAGGUAUAUUAAGCCUAAGGAAUUGAUAGAGUUUGAUAAAGCUCUUCUGGAAAUGGUAAAAGAACUAAAACCUACAUCUGAUUUGGUCGACUACAAUGAAGAUAAUUCUGAUUUAGAUGAACCUCCUUUGAAAAAAAUGAAAAUCGAGGAGUUGUGAAAGGCUUUCAAGAUAAUGCAAUGGGAUAAUUGAAAUGAAGUACUUUCAAAGAAGAAUGAUGGAGGGGAAGAAAGUAUUGAUCUUAACAUUUAGUGACUACCGAAAAAACAGACACCGUACAAGUCAUUAUUGUGAUGAUUAUGAGAAUUGAUAAUAAAAUGAGAGAGAUUUGAGAGAAAUAAAAUUGAUUGUUGAAAAUGAAAGUAUUUUUCAUGUA